AUGCCCAGACUCUGUUAUGACACACCAACAGUGGAAAACACAGAGUUGAUGGCCACAUAUGCCCGAACCUCUCCCCAGCUUUAUUCCUCCAUUGCUGCCAGUGAUAAGUAUUUACUCAGAUACGCCUCAAACACAUGGAACAUCCAAUUCCCCAACUGUGUUUUCCACCCAGAGCUACAUUGCAUACGUAUCCCCAUUCCAUUUUAUAUUCCUGGAAGAGAGGAUGACUCUAUAAUCAUCGAUGUCCCCUACGAGGGACUGUCAUCGUUGGGUAUGUUACAGCAUCCUAAUCCGGCUUCGUACACUAUAGAUUUGGAAUGCCACUGUGAAGUGUACUUUCUAGCAGAGAACAUCAUUGUCAAGUUGCCCACAACGUGCAAACUCAAGACCAUAUACUCGCAAUUACCUGAGGACGGACUAAGUUUUACAAUUCCAUAUGUGAACGUUUCCAGUGACAAAAUAGUUCAGAAUCUGACAAAGUUGUCGAUCUUUGUCAACGAUACCGAAAACUCGAAUCUGGAAGAUCGCAGGACAUACAAUAUCGUCUUGUAUCCGUUGCAGAGGUAUCCGCCACAGCCCCUCUCGAUGGGUAUCUUCCAAGGAUACUCCAAUCUAACGCCGUUUCAGUCCCUAAGGCUUGUCAGUGAUGCCAUUGAACAAGGUACCGAGUUGUCGCGUGACAUGGCUGAAUAUUUCAGUUCACAGAGAUGUAAUACAAUGACGGCAAUAUCGUCGUCCUGUAGUAGUGUCGGGUCGCUCAAUGUUGGUGAUGGACGGGAUAAUACAAGUAUGGAUUUGUACAAGUUGUCCCAGUCGGGCUACGGUGAUGACGAUGACUUUAGCUACGAGCAAUAUGACAAUUUUGACUCCGGGUCUGGCUUGAAGUUGGACACCAUGGGCGGUGGUGGAAGCGGAAUGUAUGUUGAAAUUAUAGGCGGCUUCAAUUCCACAAGUGUUAAAAGAGGACGGAGAGAUUCCGAAGACACGUUGAGUGACCAGCCAAGGCAAAAACGACAACUUGAAUGA